AUGUCGACUUUUGAAGAAAAAAUGGCCACUUCAUCAAGGAAAAAAAGUGUGACAAUGUCAAAAAAUAUAAUUAUUCGUCCAGAUCCUGAUACAUCUGCCAAAGUUCAAUCUGCAAUAAGAUUAUUAAGUGAAACAAUGCAAAUAAAUGCAAAUGAACCAUCUCUAGCCUUCUAUAGGAUACAAGAACAUAUUCGAAAAACAUAUCCGGCAAUAGUUCAAAAACAACGUGAAUUAGAAAAUUUGCAAGUACAGAUUGAUGGACUCGUAUUUGAUAUUGAAUAUUCAAUGGAAGCUGUAAAAACAAUAUUAAAUAGCGAAUGUCAUUUUAGUAAUAUUCAAACACAAUUGCAAAAAGCAAUUUUACUUCAGAAACAAAUUCAUUUAUUAAAUCAACAACAGAUACAACAAAAAUUAUUCGGAAAACGCGAUGAGAAAUUAUUACAUAAAAAUCAAACAGUUGUAAAUGCCUCUUUGUCGCUUUCCUUUGAACAAAAACAAACUGAACAGUCAUUAUCUUAA